AACUUCCGGCGGCCGCGGGCAAGUGAACCCGUCGGUCCAGGUAUUACCCGAAAAGGGUAAGGAAAGCCAGGCAGGGGCUGGAACCCGAGCCCCGGCCGCUGGCAGCUGGCCUGGCUCAGGAACUGGGUCCGACCCGCUCCAGGACCACCCAGGGAAGUUCUUCCGGGAGCCGAGACCCGCCCACCGCACACCUGGCGCGCGGAGUCCCAGUGGCUCUGGCAGGCAAGCGCAACCAUCUUAGAGAUGGACAAACUGAGCCCCCCUCCCUGACACUCAGAACGACUGCCAGCCCCAGCCCCAGACCCUACAGCUGCCAAGAUGGUGAUGCCUAAGAAGAACCAGAUUGCCAUUUAUGAACUCCUUUUUAAGGAGGGAGUCAUGGUGGCCAAGAAGGAUGUCCACAUGCCUAAGCACCCGGAGCUGGCAGACAAGAAUGUGCCCAACCUUCAUCUCAUGAAGGCCAUGCAGUCUCUCAAGUCCCGAGGCUACGUGAAGGAACAGUUUGCCUGGAGACAUUUCUACUGGUACCUUACCAAUGAGGGUAUCCAGUAUCUCCGUGAUUACCUUCAUCUGCCCCCAGAGAUUGUUCCUGCCACCCUACACCACAGCCGUCCAGAGAUUGGCAGGCCUCGGCCUAAAGGUCUGGAGGGUAAGCGACCUGCAAGACUCACAAGAGGGGAAGCCGACAGAGAUACCUACAGACAGUGUUCUGUGCCCCCUGGUGCCUACAAGAAAGCCGAGGCUGGGGCUGGGUCAGCAACCGAAUUCCAGUUUAGAGGCGGAUGUGGUCGUGGACGUGGUCAGCCACCUCAGUAAAAUUGGAGAGGAUUAUUUCACAUUGAAUAAACUUACAGCC